CAUCAACCAAGCCACUAAAAAUGAGUCGAGUCAAGUCAAUUCGAAUAGGUUUUGAUUCGAUUCGGUCGGUCGAGUCAGAGUCGACAUGAUUCGAUUCGAUUCAAUUCGAUUUGAAUCGAUUCGACACUAAAAUUGCCGGAAUCGAAACCAAUCGAACUACGCAGCAAGCAGCAAGCAACACAAGCACAACGUUGCCACAACCAACAACAACAAACCAAGAUGCCUCGAUUCUUUGACGAUUACUCCAAUACCUACUUGACCCAUGAUAGCUCUGCCGGUCGAAAGCAGCAGCGCCGCGGUUGGAAGUUUCGUGAGAAUUUCAAGUUGCACUACGACAAGCAUGUAGACGAUUGGAGAAAGGGUCCAAUGGGACUGGCAUCGGCGCAGCAAGCGUUUAUUCGAGCACGGGGAAGCGACGAUCCGGCUGUGGCACCGCUGCCCGAUGGAUGGUUUGAAGAGACCGACGAAGCCACGGGUAUUAUCUUUUAUGGCGAAAAGAGCACUGGAAAGCGCACGUGGGUACGACCUGGAUUCAUUCCUCCGCCACCAGGACGAGGACCACCUCCCAGAGGAAUGGGACAAGGACCGCCCAUGGGGAAUAGAGGUCCGCCUCCUGGAUUCCAGCGCGGACCCCCACCCGGUUUCUACGGACAAAGGCCACCUCCCUCACAGGGAAUGCCGCCGCAACAACCACCACCAGCAGGAAUGCCACCUCCACCCUUUCCUGGGGGUCCUCCUCCUCCGCCUGGACAAUUCGCGCAACCACCUCCUCAUCCAGGAGUGCCUCCUCCCAACAUGUAUCAGCAACCACCUCCUUCCUAA